CUGGUUCCAAGGACAGUCUGCAUCAUCCUAAAAACGCCUGUUGACGUCACUUCUAAACUCGCGUCGUCGAGAGGGUAUGGGGUGCACUCAAUCGACUGCCAGGGUUGUGGCGAAUGAAUCUGCGUCGAGCGAGGAAGCUCCAUCGCCGCCGCACUCUGCCAUAUCGACACGUACUGCUGAGAUCGUGGACUGGUCUGUGGACGAGAACGGAGUAGUGCUGUACCAUGUCGAUGCUUACGGCUUCACCGGGAAGAAGCGCUUCAAUGACUUCAAAGCCUUUCACCACGACAUCCAACUUGUCGUGCCUCCCAUGCCCGAUGCAGGCAUUCUCACGGCAAUCCAUCGUCGCAACCAGGCACUCAUCCAUGCUCGACGUCUCCGUUUUCAAGACAUUCUCCGCGCUGCCCCACGGGACCGCGUUGUGCUGUUCUUGGACCCAUGUGCAACCGUUGCCGUCGGCGUUAGCGACACCGAGAAAUCGCACGUCGUGGGGCCGUCACAUUUGACCAUCACCACGAGUGCAUGAGCAUGCUCCGUGUUAACUUAACCAUUCCUUGGCAUUCGAUUCCACUCAGUUCUGGACAGCUACUUGCACUGACCACCGUUUGGGGGCAUGGCUUGG